AUGGAGGAGGCCGAGCCGAGCGAGCGCAGCCCCUUGCUGAGCAGCGGGGAGCGCGGACGUGUAGCGAUCAGCGCUUUCCACGGGCGGCGGUUGGCCUGCGCCGCUGUGCUCCUGGCCGAGCUGCUGGAGCGAGUGGCCUUCUACGGCAUCACCUCCAAUUUGGUGCUCUUCCUCAACGGGCCUCCCUAUGGCUGGGAGGGUGCCCAGGCCAGCCAGGCCCUGCUGCUCUUCAUGGGCAUCACGUACCUGGUGUCACCUUUCGGUGGCUGGUUGGCCGAUGCCCUCUUGGGCAAGUUUGGCACCAUCCUGCUCAGCAUGGCACUGUACCUGUUGGGCAUGCUGGCUUUCCCUGUCAUUGCUGCGCCACACACCCGCCAGGGCCUUUGUGGGGACAUCCCCUUGUUCCCCGUAGAGAACUGCUCCUCUCCAGCAUCCAACGCCACCAUGGCACCUUGCUCCCAGGUGGGAGCCAUCCGCUACUGUGCCACAUCUAUCUUCAUCGGACUGGUCCUCGUGGGGCUGGGCGUCGGGUCGGUCAAGGCCAACAUCACCCCUUUUGGGGCAGACCAGGUCAAAGAUCGAGGGCCAGAAGCCACAAGAAGAUUUUUUAACUGGUUUUAUUGGAGCAUUAAUUUGGGAGCUAUUCUGUCUCUGGGAGGCAUUGCAUACAUUCAACAGAAUGUCAGCUUUGUUGUUGGAUAUAGCAUCCCAACGGUUUGCAUUGGAAUUUCAUUCAUGGUGUUCUUAUGUGGUCAGAGUUUCUUCAUCACAAAACCACCUGAUGGUAGUGCCUUCACAGACAUGUUUAGAAUUCUCACAUAUUCUUGUUGCUCAAGAAAGAGACAAGUGGAACGUUCAACUAAUAGUGAAGGCCAGGGAGUACUUCAGCAACCUUGCAAGCAAAGCCUGUUUGAGAUGGCCAAGCUGUCUCGAGGGGGCCCAUUCAGAGAAGAUACAGUAGAAGAUGUGAAAGCUCUUGUCAAGAUUAUCCCUGUCUUUUUGGCUUUGAUACCUUACUGGACAGUGUAUUUUCAAAUGCAGACAACAUAUGUACUGCAAAGUCUCCAUCUGAAAAUUCCUGAAAUAUCAAACGACACCAACUCUAUUCAUACGUUUCCAGCAGCCUGGUUGACUAUGUUUGAUGCAGUGCUUAUUUUGAUCCUAAUACCCUUAAAAGAUAAAUUGGUGGACCCCAUUUUAAAGAGGAAUGGCUUGCUCCCAUCCUCGCUGAAGAGAAUUGCAGUUGGAAUGUUCUUUGUAAUGUGUUCUGCAUUUGCUGCAGGAAUUCUGGAAAGCAACAGACUGAAAAUUGUGAAGAUUAAAACAAUCAAUCAGACAAUUGGAAAUGUUACAUACCAUGCUGCAGAUAUGCCAAUAUGGUGGCAGAUUCCUCAAUAUGUGCUGAUUGGAUUCAGUGAAAUAUUUGCAAGUAUAGCAGGUCUAGAAUUUGCAUAUUCAGCUGCUCCCAAAUCUAUGCAGAGUGCUAUCAUGGGGCUGUUUUUUUUCUUUUCGGGAAUCGGAUCAUUUGUUGGCUCUGGAUUGUUGGCACUGGUGUCUAUUAAAGAAAUUGGCUGGAUGAGUAAUCACACAGAUUUUGGCAAUAUUAAUGGCUGCCAAUUAAACUAUUACUUUUUUUUGCUGGCUGCUAUCCAAGGAGCAACCCUCUUGCUUUUCCUUAUCGUUUCUGUGAAAUACGACCAUCAAAAAUCAAGGAUUAACGAAGUGGCUGCCAAUGGGAGGAUCUGAAAGUUGUUACAGAGCAGACUAGAUUACAGCAGCACACAAG